CGUCACGGGCGGGUAUUCUUUCUUAACACAAAAUAAUGUAAUCUCUAAUAAAGUGUUCCCUAAAAUUAGUGGAUUUUAAUUUAAUUUAUUGAUCACUGUAAAGUAAUUAUUUCGAUAAAAAAAAAUUGCAGGUUUAAGAUACAUAUCUUUGUGAAAAAUGGAGGGCGGACCAAAUAUACAAGAGAGAGAUUCAACACCUUUAGUGUCAGAAAAUGAUGAAGAAAAUGAAGUUAAAGGGUGUUUUAGCUUUUUCUGCCACCCUCGAGGAUCAGGGCACAGAUUUAUUGCCUUGAUUUUUAUGUGUUUUCUUGGUUUUGGAUCGUACUUUUGCUAUGACAACCCCGCAGCUUUGCAAGGGCACAUUACGAAAGAUCUCAACAUAUCUAUUCUUCAGUGUAACAUGUUUUACUCAUUUUACUCAUGGCCCAAUGUGAUAUUAUGUUUUAUAGGCGGCUUUUUAAUAGACAGGGUUUUUGGUAUUCGUUUGGGUACAAAUAUAUACAUGGCGAUAACGCUAAUAGGUCAAAUAGUAUUUGCUUUAGGAGUAUACUGCAAUCAAUUCUGGUUGAUGUUAUGUGGAAGAUUUAUUUUUGGUAUUGGUGGUGAAUCUUUAGCUGUUGCUCAAAAUAAUUAUGCAGUUUUAUGGUUCAAAGGCAAGGAAUUAAAUAUGGUUUUUGGGCUGCAACUGAGCUUUGCACGAGUUGGAAGUACCGCUAAUUUCUUAGUUAUGGAAAGCAUCUAUAAUUGGGUACAUCAAAGCUAUACCGGGCCACAAGGUCUUGGGAUUGUCUUUUUCAUAGCAACAUCUACUUGUGUCCUUUCCAUGUUCUGUGCCCUAAUUUUGGGGGUAUUGGACAAGAGAGCGGAAAGAAUAUUAAGAAGAAAUGAGGAAGUUAGCGGCGAUGUAGUUCGAUUGACGGAUGUCAAAGAUUUUAAAGCGACAUUUUGGUUGGUCACUGUAAUAUGCGUGACUUACUACGUCGCUAUAUUUCCAUUCAUAUUUUUAGCGCAAGGGUUCUUUACCGAGAAAUUUAAAAUGACACAACAGGCAGCUAAUAAUAUAAGCGGUAUCGUCUACCUGAUAUCUGGUAUAGCGUCGCCCCUCCUUGGCUUAUUCAUUGACAAGACGGGAAAAAAUCUCUCUUGGAUCGUAGUUGCUGUCAUCUUCACCAUUGGGUCCCACGUUUUGCUGGCUUUCACCAUGGUUAAUCCUUAUGUAGCUAUGGUUAUGAUGGGACUAGCUUAUUCUACGUUAGCUAGUAGUUUGUGGCCUCUAGUUUCAUUGAUUAUUCCUGAAUAUCAGUUGGGUACAGCGUAUGGAGUCUGUCAAGCCAUUCAGAACUUAGGACUUGCUGUAGUUUCUAUCGUAACCGGAAUCAUCGUGCAUCAAUUGGGAUAUAAUGCGUUAGAAAUAUUCUUCAUAAGCAGCUUAGCAGGAGCUCUAUGUUUCACGAUACUUUUAUGGAUAUUGGACAAAUAUAGAAAGGGCUUACUAAAUAUGACGCCGGCCGAUCGAUUAAGACAUCAACAAUCUCAACUGGCAGCUGAGGUUUUGGAAAGGGAAAAGAUCCUUUCAGCGGCCUCGUCCAGUUCCACGACCGAUUUGCUGCAGCCCAACUCCGAUUUUCACAUCCGCAAUAGGUAUUUAUCAAGAAUUGGCGCACCUCUCCCCUCCAGUUACAAUAUAAACACUAAGGGUCUGCAGUACCGAGCGUUGCGAUAAGGGAGAGGAAUUUUGAAAAAAAAAAUAAAUAUGUAAAAGUAUUUGUAUAUGAUCUGUGACGUUUUAUAACCAUGAUAUAAAGACUACUUUGACUCAUCAGUAUCUACAACCAAAUUAGGUUAAUGAAACUAUACAUUUUGACAUUCUUCGUCUAUUUUGACUGUUGUGGUGUGGUGACAUAAAAAUUGUAAUAUUUAUGAAAUAGAUAAUUUAUUUGAUUCAGUUUCCACUUGACGCUCAGUAUAAUGUCUAAAUUUUGCCUGGUUCAAUCAAGCAUUUCUCUAUUUUAAAGCUUUUAAAAUGUCAUAACACCAUGUUCAUUUUUUUCUAAAUGCCGUCAUCGUUGGUAAAAAUUUAUAAUGUAAAAAUCCAAAUUCGAUAAAUUGCGAUUUUUAACUUUUACACAUCGUAAUAAACAUGCUCAUCUAUAAAGUAGUCGUAAUCUUGCCAAUGUUUCUUAAUUAUUUAUACCAUACGAUUUAUACAUAUUUGUAAUUAUAAUAAAAUUAUAUAGUGAUUGAUAAUUAAUUAGGAUAAUUACGCCAUAGAGUAGAUGAGAGGAAGAUCAAACUAUUAUAAAAGAUCUGUAGGUCAUCCUUCCAUAUACUCUGUAGGAAAAAAAGAAUAUACACUAAUGCAAAAAAUUAAAGGGUCCAAAAAGAAUUUCUGAAAUUUUUCGA